AUGUGUCAAGAGCCGAGCCGUCAAGUCAGUCUCGAGCCUCUCAUUGCCGUCAUGCGUCUUGUUGGGAGCAUCUAUGCUGCCCAGGAAUGGUCCGCUCCUCUCAAAGAGCACGUCGAGACCCGCUUCUUCGAGGCAAGCCCGGAAGAUCCAACCAUGGUGCAGUCUCGACUGCUGUACUCAGUGGCGCUGUUCUGGCACAGCUUCAAGGCCGAGGCAAAGCACCAGAUGGAUCUCGCCGUUCGUCUGGCACUUGACCUGGGCAUGUUCCAACAAGAGUUCGCAAGGACUCACGGCGCCGGUGAUCCCGUCCUGACCGAGAGUUGGAGGCGGACGUGGUGGGAGCUGUACAUCAUCGAUGCAUACUACGCCGGGACUUUGGGGACCAUGAACUUUGCCGUCGUGGAUGUCGAGGCGACUGUCGAGUUGCCUUGCGAAGAGUCGGAAUAUGAGUCGGGCACACUUGACGAUUUUGACUGUCGCGAGUUCUCUUCGGGGGACGCCUCGUUCUCCUCCUUCGCCUACCUCAUCAGCGCUGUGAGGUGCGCAGCGUCGGCGAUUUCCGCGGCGCCCAAGAUCACAAGCAGAGAAGACUCGACGCACAUCAUCCAGAGUGCCGACUCUGUCAUUGAUGGGUGGUCGCUUCUGCUACCCAAAGACCGCAAGCAGGUCAUGACCAAGGCCGGGCAUAUCGACGAGCUCAUGUUCCAGGCGCACUUGCUCAUAAAUGUACCAUUCUCGGACCUCAGGUUCAAUCCUGUGGAGGACAUCUCCAGCUGCGCGAGAGAGCCGCCUCUCGAAAUUGCCAAACCGGAACUUGUAAACGUCCACACAGUCCGGGUUUUGCGAUCCGUGGAGGCUCAAAUCCGUCUGUUGGCCCUGCCGGUCCGGCCCUUCCACCACACCCCGUUCGUUACCUGCAUGAUCAGCGAGGGCACGCUUGCACUGCUAUCUGCGUGCAACUUCCUGCUCAGGGGAAAGGAGCUGAGCAUCGCGCGUGACCAGAUUCGGAUGAUGAUCGGCUGUCUCAAGACGUUGGGCGAGACUUGGCCGAGAACAGAGAGAAAUGUGCAGGAGAUCCAGACGGUUGCUCGGCAUGUACUGAGGCUGGGGCCUAACGUGACGGCUGGCACCAGUAGCGGUACAAGGUCUAGUCGUGUGCCGAGCCUGUCUGCCGUCGAGAGAAGUUCCGACUCUCAGACUGGACCAGUGACCGACGAUAACGAUGUUUUCCCCUCCUUGGGCUCGAUGGAUGACGUUUGCGGUUGGUACAACCUCGAGGAUCUUGGCCCGCAAUUUGCGGAAUGGAUCGGCAAUGAGUAG